CGAGUCUCCCCUCCUCAUACCAAUAUAUCCAAACAAUGAUCUCACGGUCGGCGAUUGGAAGACACGCACAGCUUGCUGUUCGCAGGCAAUGCUGUGCUCAGCCAGCUAAUCGUCGUGGUCUUGCUGCCGUUUCCUCCGGAUCGACUUCAUUCUCAUACGAAUCAUCUGAUGUUGCUGGAGUUAAAGUCGCAAGCAGAGAUGUUGCUGGAGCCACCACAAAACUUGCUGUCGUUGCUAAGGCUGGAACAAGAUAUCAGACUGCACCAGGUUUGACAUCAGGCUUGGAGCGAUUUGCAUUCAAGAACACCUUGAAGCGAUCCGCUCUCCGUAUCUGCAGAGAAUCUGAGCUUUUGGGCGCACAAUUGAACGCUUACCACACCCGCGAGGCACUCGUCGUUGAGGCUAAGUUUCUUCGGGAGGAUUUACCAUACUUUACCGAACUCCUUGGUGAAGUCAUUUCCGCGACAAAGUAUACUUCUCAUGAAUACCACGAAGAAGUCGAGCACCAGAUUAAGUUGGGCCAAAAGAAACUCCUUGGAAGUGUAUCUGAGCUUGCUAUCAACUCAGCACACGGUGUUGCAUUCCAUAGAGGACUCGGAACGCCUCUCUUCCCAUCCUCAUCUACACCUCUCACAAAAUACUUGAGCUCGGACUCCGUCAGCGAAUUUUCAACCCAAGCAUACUCAAAGCCAAACAUCGCCGUUGUUGCAAAUGGUGCCAGUCAGGCAGAUUUAUCGAAAUGGGUAGGAGAGUUCUUCACUGGUACUCAUGCCGGACAAGGUCUCUCUGGUCCUGGUGCCACUAAAUACUAUGGUGGUGAGGAACGUAUUGCCCAUGGCUCGGGUAAUUCAUUUGUUCUCGCUUUCCCUGGAUCUAGUUCCUUUACAGCAGGAGAAUCAUACAAACCUGAAUUCUCCGUCCUCGCUUCUCUUCUCGGUGGAAAAUCUAGCAUUAAGUGGUCCACUGGAUUCUCAAUCUUAUCCAAGGCUGCAUCUUCAUUCCCAGGAGCCAGCGCCACAGCCACUAACUUUGCUUACUCUGAUGCUGGACUUUUGGCAAUUCAAUUUAAUGGUUCCGCGUCCGCUGUUAGAUCAGCUGCUAUUGAGGCUGUCAAGGCCCUCAAGGCAAUUUCUGAAGGUUCCAUCAGUCAAGAAGAUUUCACAAAGGCUGUCGCUAAUGCUAAGUACAACGCAUUGGAGGAAGGCCAAAACGUUGAGGCUGGUCUUGUCUUGACUGGCUCUGGACUUGUCCACGGCGGUAAGGCAUUCCAAAUCGACGAAGUUGGCAAGAGCGUCGAAUCUGUCAGCAUUGAGAAGUUGAAAUCGGCUGCAAAGGCUAUUCUGGAGGGCAAAGCUACAGUUUCGGCAGUCGGUGAUCUUUAUGUUCUUCCAUAUGCAGAGGAGCUUGGUCUUUCAGUCUACAACAAGUACUUGUCCGUCGCCGCACGAACUGUCCGCAGAAGUUUGAAAGAUGACAAACGAUUGGCCGCUGAGCGCAGAGGAGAGAUGGAAUUGAGAUUCGCCAAGUGGAACAACGGCAAGCAAGGCGAAGUCAAGAACGUUGCUGAGGCCAAUGCAGCAUCAAUGGCAGAGUCUACUUCAUCUUCUUAAAUAUGGACACGGCACUUUUAAACGCCCCGGUGGGAGGAGGGGAAAGACCUGUGCGAGAAAUGAAUGGCAGAGUGGACUUGUACAUUUGUAUCAUCCAGGGCUAUUGAGCCAAGGCAAUUGAAAAGUCUCAUUACUCUCGCAAAUGCUCCGGUCUAUUCUACGUUCUGCAUGACACUAUCUGGACGACUCGACAUCUCCAAAGCAGUUUAUAUUAGCAUCUUUCAUACUUUAUCACAUGAAAUGUUUGAA